AUGGGGGACGAGAACCGUUCUUCCAUCACAGAAUUCAUUUUGGUAGGACUCACCAACCACCGCAAGACACAAAUCCUUCUGUUUCUGGUCAUCCUCUUCAUCUACACCCUCACCAUUGCAGGGAACCUGGUGAUCAUAGCGUUGGUGCGAGGCGACUCCUCCCUCCACACCCCCAUGUACUUCUUCCUUUCAAACCUCUCUAUCCUGGAGAUCCUUUACGUCACCUCCAGCCUGCCCCAGAUGCUGGCUCACCUCUUGGCUGGAAAGGGCGCCAUCUCCUUCACCCGGUGUGCUUUUCAGAUGUACAUGGUGAUUUGCCUGGGGAGCGUUGAGUGUUUCCUGCUGGGCGCCAUGGCUUAUGACCGCUACUUGGCCAUCUGCCACCCUCUGCUCUAUGCCAUCGCCAUGGGUCGGGGGCGCCAGGUGCAGCUUGCCUCGGCCUCCUGGGCAAGCGGCUUCCUCCUUGCUUCCAUAAACGUGGGUCUCACCCUUCACCUCCCCUACUGUGGUCCCAACCGCAUCAAUCAUUUCUUCUGCGACAUGCCCAUAGUGCUGAAACUCGCCUGUGCGGACAUACGAGCGACAGAGCGCAACAUUAUUAUAUUGGCUGCGGUGAUCAUCAUCAUUCCCUUCUUCGUUAUCCUGACCUCUUACGUGCUCAUACUGUCUUCGGUGAUACAAAUGCAGUCAGCCACCGGGAGGCGUAAGGCCUUCUCCACCUGCGCCUCCCACUUGAUAGUGGUCAUCUUGUUCUACGGCAUCCUUAUCUUUGUGUACCUGACACCCGGGUCAGACGCCGCUCCUGAUCGGGACAAAGAACUUGCCGUCCUUUACAUUGUGGUCACCCCCUUGCUCAAUCCUGUCAUUUACACCCUACGCAACAAGGACAUCCACGGGGCAGUGUCCAGGAUGCUGCAAAGAUGGGGCUUCAAACGGAAAAUGUUGUUGAUGUCUUGA